AUGGUCCUUUGUGGCCCUGGUGCCCACCAUCGUAACUCGAUUGCCGGCUCUACUGUCCCUCGUCCCAUCCAACGGAUUCGGAAAGGAGGUCCCCUUGUCAUUUCCUCAGACGGCCCAUACUUUUCCAACACCACACAGUUCUACAAUGUCUUUAGUUUCAACCAAGCCGAAUCGUACAAACUCAAAGUGAUGGCUAGGAUCGAAAAAGGAUUCUUCAUGACGAGAGACAUUUGGACUUGUUACCGUCGGAACUACUUCCAGAUCAGCACGGCGUUCUGUAUUUUUGGCUUUGACCACUCCCAGCUCUCUGAAGUGCCCUGUCUCAUCGAGCUACCCGACCCUCUCCCCGCGGACUUUUCCGAAGAAAUCCGACAACAGCAGGACUUUGCCAUGUCACAAGCAGCGGACGAGCAGCGACAACUGUACAGGAUCAAGAAGGAGGCUGACGAAGAAUCGGAAUCGCUCGGAUUCAUGGCAGAACACUCUAUGGGUGCCGCUGAACUGGACACAACAAGAAGCUACAACAGGAUGACGGCUGCUGCUGCUGCCACCGCAUCGGUCACGGAACAACACUCGUCUAUGCCUCCAAUCUCAGGACCUACUCGUCUGGCACUGGUGACACACUUUUCGAUCUCCAUCUCUUCCAAGAUUGCGAGCACCAGCACCAAGAUCGGUCUGAUUCAACAUACCCCCAAACGCGACAAGGGACCCCAAUUUGUCCCCAGCCGCCGCGAUAUCCGUGGAGGGGGCAAUUUCGCCAUGCCAGCGACGACCAGCAACCAGUCGAUUGCCACUUUUGAGCGCGUCCAGUUCAAGACAGCGACCGCCAACAAUGGGAAGAGACGAGCAGCCCAGCAGUUUUAUAUCCUGAUGGUCGAUCUCUUUGCCCACACUCAGGACGGUCGCAUCAUUCGCGUCGCUGCGUCACAGUCCGAUGCUCUAGUGGUUCGUGGUCGGAGUCCUGGACACUACACCGAUAUUCCGGAGGGAGAGAUGAUCUUGUCUCCUACCUCAGGUGUUUUUAGGGAGAGACGCCAUUCGAGCAUCAGUUCGCACUCACCGCACCAUCCAUACCACAAUACGGGUCACUUCCUAGGAGCUCAGAGUCGGAACCACAGUAUCGGCGCUGGCGCCGCUAUGAGCGUCGAAAUGAGCAGCUUGAACCUCGGCCUCUCGACGGCGGCAGAUGGCAGUCGCAGUGGUGGACCUCUUUCUCCCAUCUCGCCUGGUGGGCCUGUAAUGGGAUUCGGCGCCGACUACAGCCCUGGAACAGCACGAUCGGUGGCCAUGGCGCAGUCGUUUUAUUCCAGUCAAGCAACGGCGCAUCAAGGCUGGACUGACGCUUCGUCCAUGUCCUCGCCUGCUUCGACGUACGACGGGUCUGCAUUCUCGUCCCCGACUACGGCUUACUCGGCUUUCCAGCAGUACCAGAACGGCAAUAGUGGACACCAACAGCCUUCCCCGCAGGAAAACGGAUAUCAUCACCAUAGCCAGUCUUCGUACUUUGCUCAGCGCCCCUCGAGCUUUGGAUCGAUUCCUCGUAUGAUGAUGGUGGGGACACCUGGGGCAGGAGUGAGUCCAGGUGGUCAUUCGUUCGAUAGCCGACUCGAGACGACAUUGGAGAACUCUUAUGAAACUGAUGGUAGUGGACAGGACUCUACUGGAUACCAACAACAGCGACAUCAGCAAGGGCCGUUUGAAUCUCCUGCCGCUAUUACUGGUAGCCACGCCUUGUACGCUUCUGCCGCAGGAACCAAUAACACCUCUGGCGGCUACUCUGGAAUGGCCGUCGCGUAUCAGCAGCAGAUGAUGCAGGCGGGUGGCGCGUUCUCGGGACAAACUGGAGAAGGCACGGGUCAGUUCUCUCUGAUCAAGUCAGAACCAGACGAGAAUCUGUCAUACUCUCAGACACCGACCUCAGCAACCUCUUCAGCUCCAGUCUUCAUGCACCCACCAACUAGUAGUGGCCAUUUUGGACAUUCAAGCUUAGACGGUAUGGCUACACCUACUGCGACGACCACAACGACUUCCUCGGCUUCGUCAUCGUUUGGCUACACUCUUCAGGACCUCGACAAUAACGGCAAUGGGAUGACAACUGGCGUUCAGCAGAGCAGCAAUACACUUCACCAUCAGCACCAUCCUUACUUGCCAUCGAUCGCCAUGAACAACACGUACGAGGAUGCCUACGACCUGAACUCGUACACCGGCGGCGACAGCAAUAGCAACAAUAAGGAUACGAGUUCAGGGUAUCUUACCCUCCAGAGUGUCAAAGUUGAGGCGGAGUAUUAG